AUGGUGGUGAUCGGCCACGUCGACGCCGGCAAGUCGACUAUCAUGGGCCACCUCCUGCACCUGUGCGGCCACGUCGACAAGAAGACCAUCACCAAGUACGAGCGCGACUCGAAGGUGCUCGGCAAGGGCUCGUUCUCGUUCGCGUGGGUGCUCGACGAGCAGGAGGAGGAGCGGGCGCGCGGCGUGACCAUGGACGUGGCCGUGCGCAGGCUCGAGACCGAGAACCGGCGCAUUACCCUCCUCGACGCGCCCGGCCACCGCGACUUUGUGCCCAACAUGCUCGACGCUGACGUCAGCACGCGACAGAUCUCGGGCACGGCGCAGGCCGACGUGGCGGUGCUGGUGAUCGAUUCGAGCCCGGGCGAAUUCGAGGCGGGCUUCGCCGCCGAUGGCCAGACCAAGGAGCACGCCCUCUUGGCUCGCUCCCUGGGCGUCAUGCAGCUCACCGUCGUCGUCAACAAGAUGGACGCCGUCGAUUGGUCGAAGGAGCGCUUCGAGGAGGUGCAAAACAUCGUGGGCGCGUUCCUGAAGCAGGCCGGCUUCCUGCUGAAGAACGUCACGUGGGUGCCGUGCUCGGGUCUCACCGGCGAGAACCUCAUCGCCCGCAAGGACCCCAAGCUCACCGCCUGGUACUCCGGCCCCACCCUGGUCCAGUCCAUCGAUUCCUUCAGGCCCGGCCAGCGGCCCACGGAGAAGCCGCUCAGGUUCUGCGUGUCGGACGUGUUCAAGAGCGGCUCGCUGGGUGUGGGCGCCGUGGGCAAGGUCGAGACCGGCAUCGUCUCCCUGUUGGUGAUGCCCAUCGGCGAGCUGUGUACGGUCAAGUCAAUCCAGGCCCACGAGGAAUCGGUUAAGUGGGCGCAGGCCGGAGACAACGUCGAGUUGACGGUCCAGGGCCUCGACGUGGUGUCGUUCAAGGUGGGCUCUGUGCUGUGCGACCCCGAGCACCCCGUGCGCGUGGCCACCGCCUUCAAGGCGCAGAUCUAUGUCUUCCCCACCCAGAUCCCCAUCAUCAAGGGAUUCCAAGCGGUGAUGCACACGCACACCUUGCACGAGCCGGCACACUUGAGCAAGCUGGUGGCGAUCAUCGACCAGGCCUCGGGCGAGGUCAAGAAGAAGCGGCCGCGCUGCCUCACCGAGAAGAUGACGGCCGUCGUAGAGGUGGUCACCUCAGCGGUCUGCAUCGAACUCUUCCGCGACUACAAGCAGCUCGGCCGCUUCAUGCUGCGCUCUGGCGGCCGCACUGUCGCCGCGGUGAACUGUGGCCCCGACAUGAAGAACACCGGAAGCAGGCUGGACCACGCCGUCGUGUCUUUCCUUGAUGACACCCUCGCCGCCGCUGUCGAUCCCUACUUCGACCCCGAACUGGCGAAGCAGAGGGAAGCAACGGAGAAGGAAAUGGAGAGCCAGAUCGGGCGGCUUCACUUGGUCUACGCCGACGCCACGUCCUUCCCCGCCUGGGGAAUGCCCAACAUGUCCUUCAAGGACUACUGA